AUGACUAGUUCUUUUUGGAAAGCAUUGAAAACUAUUUUUAUAACAUUUGGCAACCACCAACAUCAACAACAGAGUUUAGAAAAGCGUAAACAUAAAAACUCUAAGCACAAGCAGAUAGAUUAUUCAUCUUCAAUCAUUGAUGAUUCUUAUUUACAUUCCACACCAACUACCCCACCAGGUUUAUCAUCACCAAAUAUUAAUUCCAUAAAUAGCAACAACAAUAAUAGUAAUAGUAAUAAUAAUAAUAAUAGUAAUCAACUGGAUCAUAAUAUUAGUCAUUUAAAUUUAAAUAAUCCACAUUUAUGUCUGCCGAAUCAUCAUGAUGUUUUAGAAGAAGAUAUGAUUGAAUGGCCACAAUGGGCAAUAGAGUUGGGAAAGAGACGCGAUCUACAGUUGGUUUCAAGAAAUGGAAUGGACGUUGAUGCAAAUCGUAUGCAAGCCGGAUUCAAAGGCAGAAACUAUGUAUAUCAAGAUAGAAAGUUUGUCACUGCCUACUAUUGGAAAGGCUAUAGCUCGAUCAUACACGACCAACAUUUUCCAACCACCGAUAUAGAGAUGACCGAAGAAGACAACAACUGCAAUCACCCAUUUUCCAGCUCACUAAACAUAAGCGAUCGAUCGCUGAUAGGUUAUAUAUUUUGGAAUAUCAAUUGUGAAGGACCCCCAGGAUGUGUUCAUGGCGGUGCUUUAGCAAGUGUUUUCGAUGAUAGUAUGGCAUGUUGUAUACGUUAUUAUUAUAAUAAUAGUUAUGAUGAUGAUGUUGAAGAAAGUCAAGAACAACAACAAAACCAAGAAGAAGAAAAUAAUAAUAAUAAUAAUAAUAAUAAUAAUAAUAAUAAUAAUAAUAAUAUUUUAAAGAUAGAUAGUAAUAAUAAUAAUAGUAAUAAUCAAUUUAAACAAAAGAAAUAUGCAGUAACAGCAAAUCUAUCUGUAAAUUAUAAAAAGUUUGUACCAUUAUUAUCUGUAUCAUUAAUAGAGACCAAAAUAGAGAGAAGAGAAGGCAAAAAGAUCUAUGUAACUUCAGUCAUCAAAGAUCAAAACGGUUCAGUUAGAGCAGAAGCUACUGCCAUAUGGAUAGUCGUUAAUAUGUCUUCAGUGAUAUCACCAUCACCAUUAUCAACACCUCUUACUCCAAGUACACCGUUUGGUUCACAAUCCCCGAGAUAA